AUGAUAAAAAAAACCCGUGCUGGAGAACGAGAGCGCGAAUGCGACAGGAUACAAAUCCGUCUAGUCAAGGAUGUGGCCUCUCCCGGGAUUGUUGCAAAAGUUUGUCCGAUUCGUAGGGCAAGCCUCAUCCGCGAUAAUUUUGCGGGAAGUAUCGAAUGGAGCUUCUGCUCCGCGCAAUGUGAAGGUUACUUUCACAUUGCGUGGAGUCGGGUUGUAAUGCUAGUACAGCAUACGAGGUCCAUUUAUUAUGACGAUUCCAGGAUCCGCAAAGGGUACUGGGCUCCGAGCUCCAGCAUCAUCUCUGCCACAUUUCCAAUCGGUUCGGAAACGGCCGAAAGGGUCCCUCGGCUCGGCAGUAUAAUCCAGAAGACCCUUAUCCUAGGAGACGUGGUGCCUGCAGUGUUGAACGUGGACUACCUCGCGACGUUCUGCUGGACGCUCUGGCUUGGGCUUCGCAGAUCAUUCGAUACACCAUCACAAUCAAAAGUUGUCCGGCCCGAUGAGGGGGACAAGAAUAUAGAUGUGAUAGUCACGCACUGGACGACUAAUGCACCUAUCCUCCAAUUCCACGGCACGCUCGUGAUGAACUAUAUUACGGCUCACACCAUCAUCUUUAUAGAGAAAAAGGGAUUAGUAUAUCCACAUCUCUAUCCCGAAGAGCAAUCAAAUUUCGGAGCCAUAUUGCCAUUAAUGAACGCAUAUGGUCCACAGACAGAAAAGUACUCUGUCGAUGAAAACACAUUCCGUUAA